AUGGCGGCCAAGUCGUUCAGGAUUCGGGAGUACGAUGAUGCGGACAAUGUGGUUGCCACGUAUGUUCAGAGUCUGGGCAGUGAGAAGGAGAGCCGAGUUGAUGUGAUUCGGCCUGGGAACUCCCAGUCAUUCACUGCACUAUGGAGCAAGACACUUGACGUGUUUCUGCCUGUUGGCUUUCCUCACAGUGUUACAGAUGAUUAUCUUGAACAUCGGGACAGGACUCGCUUCAAGCCUUCUCGAGCAGCAUCGCUGCUAUGCUCUCCUCUCGAGCUGUUCUCGAAGGUGUUGGAGUAGGAGAUGCGACUGCCAAUGCCACAACUGCCCUCCUGCUCUCCAUUCUUCAAGACUCAGUCGGCCGCAUCACCACGAUCCUCUUCGCACACCGCUUCGGCCUGUCCCUCGAGCCGGAAUGCAAGAUGUAUCGUCUCCUGGCAGAUAUCCUCAACGACGCUGGUUUCAUUCUGGACUGCCUGUCUCCAAUCUUUCCCAAGCCGACCCGAGUCAUGAUCUUGAGCACCAGCAGCAUUCUUCGCUCGCUAUGUGGCGUUGCAGCUGGGAGUGCAAAAGCUAGUUUGAGUGCUCACUUCGCCAAGCAAGGAAAUUUGGGAGAAUUGAAUGCCAAAGAUUCAAGCCAGGAGACAGUCAUCUCUCUCGCGGGAAUGCUGUUUGGUAGUUGGGUGAUUACUUGGAUCACGACACCGUUUGCUACCUGGACUGCAUUGAUUCUGUUGCUUUCGAUUCAUCUGGAGACCAACAGACGUGCUGUGCGGGCCGUCAAAAUGCACACUUUGAAUCGACAGAGAGCAUCUUUGGUCUACCGUCAUCUUCGCAAAGGCCAUGUGCCUACUCCAACUGAAGUGGCGUCCAGUGAGCGCAUCUUUGAACGGGACGGCGUAAUGAGAGACAAAGAUGAUCGUGUUGUUGGCCACUGCUUCAUCGGUGCACCACUGUCCAGAUUGUUGGUCGCCAUUGGGGAGCAACAGGCAACAACCAAAGCCGUGAAAGUCGAUGAGAAGAAGCUGAGUGAAAUCCUGGCACUGUAUGAAAGCGACCAAUAUAUCCUAUGGCUCGACAGAUCGUCUCGACCAGGCAAAGCGAACAUCUUCAUCGUGCUGAAGAAGCAUGCAGAUGCAAAGGCUCUCGUUAUUGCUUGGUGGCAGGCACUUAUUGUAGCGGAAGACAUUUCCAACGCUGGCAAGUUGAGCGAAGGAGACAUCUCGGAACAAUGCAAGCUCUUCGCGAAGGCGCGUGAGGAAGCCAAUGGUCUCUGGGACAAGUAUUACGAGAAGCUGGGAGCGUUAGAGUGGGACUUGUCUUCAGCUCCUAUGGAGACUGUAGCUGCCACUCGUGUGGAGAUGGAGGAAAAUUAAUGCCCUAUCCUGUUCAGCUGUGAGAGCAGAGAAGCUGUGCGUAUAUUUACACCGAUAGAAUUUACUUGAAGCAUUGACUUUUGUUAGAGAUGCUGUCAUGUGAUCGCUGA